AUGGAGCCCACCGCCGGUGACUUACAGCUGGUGCCCAGGGCAACCAAGGACAUCCAGCCUACAGACGCCGCAUGCUGCCGGGCAGCCCUCUCGGCCAUGGUGGCCACCAGCAUCGUCAUGGUCACCCUGGGAGUCCUUGUGGCCUCCCUCUCUACACAGGGUGUCAACGUGGAGCACACAGCCGAGCUGCGAGGGAUCCGGUUUGCCCCCAGCUUGCAGCAGGAGACCUCAGACUAUUACCGCAUGCUGACGCCCACUCUGGAAACGCUGUUUGUCAGCAGCUUUCGGGAGACAGAGUUGGAGGCCAGCUGUGUGGGCUGCACAGUGCUCAGUUACUGGGCGGGCAACGCCAGCAUCCUGGUGCGUUUUCGGCUGCACUUUAUGCAGCCGGCCCUGUGGACACCGAGCCUGGGCCUGGAGGAGGAGCUGCUGCAGCGGGGACUCCGAGAGAGGCUGCAGGGCCGCGGCAUCCCCCUGGCCCCCUAUGGCACCAUCGUGUCCGCCCAGCUCACAGGCGAGUGCCAGAAAGAGCUGCUGACAGAAAGAGACUUAAAAUCAGGUCACUGUCCAGGGAAUGCCUUUUCCUGCGGGAACAGCCAGUGUGUGACAAAGGUGAACCCGGAGUGUGAUGACACGGCGGACUGCUCUGAUGGCUCCGAUGAGGCCCACUGUGACUGUGGAUUGCAGCCUGGCUGGAGGACAGCCGGCAGGAUUGUGGGCGGUGUGGAGGCAUCCCCGGGGGAGUUCCCUUGGCAAGUCAGCCUCCGAGAAAACAACGAACACUUCUGUGGGGCCGCCGUCAUUGGCGCCAGGUGGCUCGUGUCUGCUGCCCACUGCUUCAAUGAAUUCCAAGACCCCACCGAGUGGGUGGCUUACGCGGGCAGCACCUACCUCAGCGGCUCGGAGGCCAGCACGGUGCGGGCCCGAGUGGCCCGGAUCAUCACGCACCCCUUCUACAACUCUGACACGGCCGACUUCGACGUGGCGGUGCUCGAGCUGGGUGGCCCCCUGCCCUUCAGCAGGCACGUGCAGCCCGUGUGCCUCCCAGCCGCCGUGCACGUCUUCCCGCCCCGGAAGAAGUGUCUGAUCUCGGGCUGGGGCUACCUCAAGGAGGAUUUCCUGGUCAAGCCGGAGAUGCUGCAGAAAGCCACCGUGGAGCUGCUGGACCAGGCCCUGUGCGCCAGCCUGUAUGGCCACUCGCUCACCGACAGGAUGCUGUGUGCCGGCUACCUGGAUGGGAAGGUGGAUUCCUGCCAGGGCGACUCGGGGGGCCCCCUGGUCUGCGAGGAGCCCUCCGGAAGGUUCUUCCUGGCCGGCAUCGUGAGCUGGGGAAUCGGCUGUGCAGAAGCCCGGCGUCCGGGGGUGUACGCCCGAGUGACCAGGCUGCGUGACUGGAUCCUGGAGGCCAUUGCCGCUGCAAGCAAGCCUCUGGCCCCCACGGCGGCUCCUGCCCCGGCCAUCCCCAGCACCGCCUGGCCCACCAGCCCACAGAGCCCGGUGGUCAACACACCCACCAGGCCCACGCUGGCCCCCAGCGCCGUGCCUCUCGACUCAGCCACUGCAUCUAAGCCACAAGAGUGCGGGGCCAGGCCGGCGCUGGAGAAGCCCACCCGGAUCGUGGGCGGGCUCGGGGCCGCCUCCGGGGAGGUGCCCUGGCAGGUCAGCCUGAAGGAGGGUUCCCGGCACUUCUGUGGAGCCACCGUGGUGGGGGACCGCUGGCUGCUGUCUGCCGCCCACUGCUUCAACCACACAAAGGUGGAGCUGGUGCGGGCCCACCUGGGCACCGCGUCCCUCUCGGGCGUCGGCGGGAGCCCCGUGAAGAUGGGGCUCAGGCGGGCGGUGCUGCACCCCCAGUACAAUCCCAGCAUCCUGGACUUCGACGUGGCCGUGCUGGAGCUGGCCAGGCCCCUGGUCUUCAACAAGUACGUGCAGCCUGUCUGCCUGCCCCUGGCCAUCCAGAAGUUCCCCGUGGGCCGCAAGUGCGUGAUCUCUGGAUGGGGCAACACGCAGGAGGGAAACGCCACCAAGCCUGACCUCCUGCAGCGGGCAUCCGUGGGCAUCAUAGACCAGAAGGCAUGCAGCGCCCUCUACAACUUCUCGCUCACGGACAGGAUGAUCUGUGCGGGGUUCCUGGAGGGCAAGGUUGACUCCUGCCAGGGUGACUCUGGGGGACCCCUGGCCUGUGAGGAGACGCCUGGCGUGUUCUAUCUGGCAGGGAUUGUGAGCUGGGGCAUCGGCUGUGCUCAGGCCAAGAAGCCAGGCGUGUACACCCGCAUCACCCGGCUGAAGGGCUGGAUCCUCGCCAUCAUGUCCUCCCACUCCCUCUCCACGCCCCCGCCGUCCACCACGAGGACGCCCACCAGCAGUCACCCUGCCAGGACGACGGCUGGCCUCACGGUCCUGGGGGUCGUGGCCAGCAGACCCACCCCCUGGGCCACCAGCAGGGUGACCAGCCAACCUGCCAACAGGACCACCACAGCCAUGACCACCACCACUAGGGGACAGACGCCACCUCCACACGCCACGGAGACCACUGUGGGCUCCCAGCUACCAGACUGCGGCCUGGCGCCGGCAGCAACGCUGACCAGAAUCGUGGGCGGCAGCGCCGCGGGCCGCGGGGAGUGGCCGUGGCAGGUGAGCCUGUGGCUACGGCGGCGGGAGCACCGCUGCGGGGCCGUGCUGGUGGCCGAGAGGUGGCUGCUGUCGGCAGCGCACUGCUUUGACGUCUACGGGGACCCCAAGCAGUGGGCGGCCUUCCUGGGCACGCCGUUCCUGAGCGGCGCUGAGGGGCAGCUGGAGCGCGUGGCGCGCAUCCACAAGCACCCCUUCUACAACCUCUACACGCUGGACUACGACGUGGCGCUGCUGGAGCUGGCGGGGCCCGUGCGCCGCAGCCGCCUGGUGCGGCCCAUCUGCCUGCCCGAGCCCGCGCCUCGGCCCCCCGACGGCGCGCGCUGCGUCAUCACCGGCUGGGGCUCCGUGCGCGAGGGAGGCUCGAUGGCGCGGCAGCUGCAGAAGGCGGCCGUGCGCCUCCUCAGCGAGCAGACGUGCCGCCGCUUCUACCCGGUGCAGAUCAGCAGCCGCAUGCUGUGCGCGGGCUUCCCACAGGGCGGCGUGGACAGCUGCUCGGGUGACGCUGGGGGACCCCUUGCCUGCAGGGAGCCCUCUGGCCGGUGGGUGCUAACUGGGGUCACCAGCUGGGGUUACGGCUGUGGGCGACCCCAGUUCCCAGGCGUCUACACCCGGGUGGCUGCUGUGAGAGGUUGGAUCGGGCAGAACAUCCAAGAGUGA